CUUCAUAACAGCCAAACCAACCUGAGUUUGGCUACCUCUAUUGGCGCUGGUGGGAAUACGUUCAUUCCACCUGCACCUUGUCCAGCUGUGCAACCACCAGUAAUCAUGUGCUUGCCUGUCCACACAACCCAGACGACUCCGGACGCUGCGGACGCCUUGAGCACCCAUCAACAAGACACUGUCUCCACUGGCUUCGCUUCGGUGGGUGCACCAUCGCCCCGCAUAAACAAUGCCGCUGGUGCUGAUGUACUCUCAGCAAACUUAGAUCCCGCUGACUCUGCCUAUCACAGAGUUCCCUCUACCGAUCCAAUGAGUGGAGAAGACGAUGGUGUGGAUGACGGAGUUGGAGAUGGAAACGACGAUUUAGGUAUCGGCGAGGACGACUUGGACGGUGAUGAUGCAGACGAUGACGUAGAGAUGGAAGCGGGCACUCGGCGUCCAUUUGGCUGCUGCCCCUUUAAUUCACUACCAUUCUGGUGUAUGUCUUGCACUUCGUCGCUGUUGGACACGUUCACUCCAAUGCGCUCGUUCAUUUAUGAGCUCCUUUCCCCUUGGAUCCUACUAAGCUCUACCUUUGCGUUUAUGCUGUUAUCCAGCACAGCUUCUAUGAUGG